UAACGAAUGAAAAGAUUAUCCUUUAAAGAUAAUAAACGGCUAUUUUUACAUUUGUUGUUGAUGAUGAUAGUUGUUGUUAGCAUGAAUAAUGUUUGGAUGGUUAAUGGUGAUAAAUCAUUCAUUAUUAUACAUGAUAGUAGUGAUCAUAAUAAUGAUAAUAAUGAAAAUCAAAUGGAAUGGGAUACAAUAAGAUAUCCAUAUAAAACGGUUUAUGGUAUACCAAAAUCAUUAAAUUGUGUACAAUCAAUACAACAACGUUUUUAUCAAUGUGAAAAAACAUCACAUUAUGAAUGGAAAAUUAUGAUUGAUGAAUAUUUUACAGAAACAAAAAAAUUUUGCUGUUUCAUUUGGAAUACAAUGGAUUGUGAAAUACCAAUAAUUGCUGGAUGUAAUCAAGAAUAUUCACAAAAAUUACAAACAAAUACAAAAGAAACAUUUGAAAAAAUAUGUAAUGAAAUCGAUUACGGACCAAAUAGUUUAUCUUGUUGGUUUACUGAAGCAAGAAUAACAGCUAUAGCUAUUAUUAUUACAACAGUAAUAACAUUUCUUAUUUUGGUUUGUACUUUUAUACAAUUAUCACGUGCACAGAAAGCAAAAGAAGCUAUAUUAAAAAAAGCAAAAGCAAUACCAGGUAAACAGAUGACAACGAUGAAAAUUGAACAAACAAAAACAACAACAACAGAAGCAGAAGAAGCAGCAGCAAAAUUUGCAGCGAUGACUGAUGAAGAAGCGAUUAUUUAUCUGAAAAAAGAACAUUUUAUGUUGGAUGAUAGUGAUUAUGAACCAACCAUAUAUGGAACAAUAUCGAAUGCAUCAAGAACAUCAUCAAUAUCAUCAAAAAAAACAACAGCAUCAUCAAUUAAACAAGCUAAAAAUCCAAUAGAUGAUAGUGAUGCUAGUACUGUUUAUAAUUCACGUUUAAGCGAUAGAGAAAUUUUAAAACGAUUUAAAGCAUUACGUGCAAGAAUGCCAGAAUCAAGAAGUAGACCAACAGAAAUACCCGAAUCAAUACUAUUAGAGCAUUCAUCAGCAACACCAAUAUUUUCACGUAGUUUAAAAGUUGAAGAUGGAGUAACAUUAGGAGAACCACAAUUACGAUAUGUAAAACCAUCGGCACCAUCAUUAACAUCAUCAACAAGAUCAACAAUAUUACAAGCAUCAUCAAUGGAUUCAAUAGUACCAUUAUCAUCAACACAACAACAACAACAACAACAACAACAACGACUAAUAGAAUUACCAUCACCACCAGCAUCAUCAACAGCAUCAUCAUCAAAUGGAUUGAAAUUUAAUUUUGACAUCAAUCGUGGGAGUAAGGGUGCAGAAGAAGAACCAUGGUGGUUUCCGUAUUUUUUUCAGGAAUCAUCAGCAUCGCCAUCAGCGUCACCAACAUUCACACCACCACCAUCACCACCACCAUCAUCAUCAACAGAGUUACAAUAUCCGGUUAUAUUGAAUAAUAAUAAUAAUAUUAAAAAUCCAAAUAAUAUU